CCCAAAAACCUUGAAUAAUAUAAGCAUGGCCACAGCAGUUAGGGCACUAAUGUAAAAGAGAGGCAGCUGCUGUUUGGUUUCUUUUGCAAGCUGCAGCCUCUUUGUGAAAACACAAACACUCUUCUCAUUACACCAACAGGAUACCAAAAUGUAUAGAAAAAGCAAUGGUGGAGAAAAUGGCAACUUAAUCAACUGGGAUAAACUUGGAUUCAGUAUAAUUCCAACCGAUUACAUGUACAUAAUGAGUUGCUCUGAUGACGAGAAAUUUGCAUUUGGACAAGGAAACCUCACUCCCUAUGGAAAUAUUGAGCUGAGCCCUUCCUCAGGAAUUCUAAAUUAUGGGCAAGGAUUAUUUGAGGGGCUAAAGGCAUAUAGAGGAGAAGACAACCAUAUUCGCCUGUUCAGGCCGGAGGAGAAUGCUCUGAGGAUGCAAAUGGGUGCAGAAAGGAUGUGUAUGCCAUGUCCAACUGUUGAGCAAUUUGCUGAUGCUGUGAAACAAAUUGCCUUGGCCAACAAGAGAUGGAUACCUCCUGUAGGAAAAGGGUCACUUUAUAUUAGGCCUCUGCUCAUGGGAACUGGACCAAUUCUUGGUGUAGGGCCAGCACCGGAGUAUACAUUUCUGCUCUAUGCUUCUCCUGUAGGAAAUUACAGCAAGGGUCCCUUGCAUUUCCUUGUAGAAGAAAAUGUACACAGAGCCAUUCCAGGUGGAACUGGCGGCAUCAAAGCGAUCACCAAUUACUCACCAGUUUACAAAGCAAGUACCCAAGCAAAGGCAAAAGGCUUCUCUGAUGUGUUAUUCCUCGACGCAGAGGGUGGCAAAAAUAUUGAGGAGGGUACUGCAUGUAAUAUAUUCGUUGUGAAGGGAAAUAUGAUCGCUACACCAGCAGUAACUGGAACUAUUCUCCCUGGAGUCACCCGGAGAAGCAUUAUUGAAAUCGCUCUUGAUUUUGGGUACCAAAUUGAGGAACGUCUUGUUCCACUAGAGGAGUUAAUUGAUGCCGAUGAAGCUUUCUGCACAGGAACUGCCAUGGUUGUUAAGCCUGUUAGUAGCAUAACCUAUCGUGGAAAGAGGGUUGAGUAUAAAAUAGGAGAAGGAACUGUGUCUCAGAAAUUGCAUGCUACACUAACAGGAAUUCAAACUGGUCGUACCGAGGACAAGAAGGGAUGGACUGUGAUGAUUGAUUGAGCUUCUCCCUCCUUAUUCAACUGUGUUUCAUCAUUUAUGUGGGUUAUCAAUAGGCAAGGUCUCUCCAGUUCACAUGUUUUAUUUCACUAGUACAAAAUUCUGUAAGAAAGCCAUAUUGAUAAAUAACGGGGACAGAAGAGGAAGGAAAGAUCAUCAAGACUGCAGUACAAAAUUAUAAUAAAUAAAAUUUCAGUAUCUCAUAUUCUUCA